CUGUCCUUUUGCCCUUUUUCUUCACUCCUCUGCUUCACUCUCACUGUCCUUGCCAAAAACACGCACAACACACACACACACACCAAAAAAUCGAACAAAGGUCCUCAGAUCUGAGCCCUAAAUCCAUCCAAAAUUCCAUCCUAGCAGUACGAUCGCUGUUGUUAAAGGAUGGCAGCAGUGGACGCCCAAUGUCCUCUUCUAGGAGAGACUACCUGUGGUUCUUUACUGCAGCAAUUGCAGCUAAUCUGGGAUGAGGUUGGUGAAACUGAUGAGGAGCGGGAUAAGAUGCUUCUUCAGUUGGAGCAAGAGUGCUUGGAUGUGUACAAGAGAAAGGUUGACCAGGCUGCAAAGUCCAGGGCACACCUUCUUCAGGCAUUAGCUGAUGCCAAAGUUGAACUCUCAAGUCUUUUAUCUGCACUAGGCGAGAAGAGUUUUGUUGGAAUUCCUGAGAAGACUACUGGAACAAUCAAGGAACAACUUGCUGCUAUAGCACCGGCAUUGGAGAAAUUGAUGAAACUGAAAGAAGAGAGGAUAAAAGAGUUUUCUGACGUGCAGUCACAAAUACAAAAAAUAUGUGGAGAGAUUGCUGGGACAACUGAGCAGGAAAGACCGUCCGUGGAUGAGUCUGAUUUAUCGCUCAAGAAGUUAGAUGAAUUCCAUGCUCAUCUACAAGAACUUCAGAAAGAAAAGAGUGAGAGAUUGCACAAGGUACUUGAAUUUGUCAGCACCGUGCACGAUCUUUGUGCUGUGCUUGGGAUGGAUUUCUUCAGUACUGUGACAGAAGUGCAUCCUAGCUUGAAUGAUUCUACUGGUGUCCAAUCUAAAAGCAUAAGCAAUGACACACUGUCAAGAUUGGCCAAGACUGUCCUAGCACUAAAGGAGGAUAAAAGACAGAGGCUGCAUAAGCUUCAAGAAUUAGCAACCCAGCUAACUGAUCUUUGGAAUUUGAUGGAUACCCCUGAAGAAGAACGGAGUUUAUUUGAUCAUGUUACUUGUAAUAUAUCAGCUUCAGUUGAUGAAGUUACCAUUCCUGGGGCCCUUGCGCUGGAUCUGAUUGAACAGGCUGAGGUGGAGGUUGAAAGGCUUGAUCAGCUAAAAGCUAGUAGAAUGAAGGAAAUUGCUUUCAAGAGGCAGGCUGAGCUUGAAGAGAUAUUUGCUCGUGCUCACAUAGAGAUUGAUUCGGAGGCUGCUCGAGACAAAAUUAUGGCUCUCAUUGAUUCUGGGAAUGUUGAGCCUGCAGAUUUACUGGCAGACAUGGAUAAUCAGAUUGCAAAGGCGAAAGACGAGGCUUUGAGCAGGAAAGAGAUAUUGGAUAAGGUUGAGAAGUGGAUGUCAGCUUGUGAAGAAGAGAGCUGGCUUGAGGACUAUAAUAGGGAUGAUAACAGGUACAAUGCAAGUCGUGGUGCACAUUUGAAUCUCAAGCGUGCUGAGAAGGCUCGGGUAUUAGUAAACAAAAUACCAGCUCUUGUUGACACCUUGGUUACCAAGACUCGAGCAUGGGAAGAAGAUCGUGGCAUAUCAUUCACGUAUGAUGGUGUUCCACUACUGGCGAUGCUAGAUGAAUAUGCAAUGCUCAGACAUGACAGAGAAGAAGAGAAAAGAAGGUUGAGGGAUCAAAAGAAAUUCCAUGAGCAGCUGAGCAAGGAACAAGAAGCAAUGUUUGGUACAACACCUAGCCCUGCUCGACAGGUUGGUGUGAAGAAGGUGGUGGGUCCACGGGCAAAUGGAGGUGCUAAUGGAACUGCAGGGAGACGACUGUCUCUUCCUGCCCAUCAAAAUGGUUCUAGGUCAAUUAACAAGGACGGGAAGAGAGAUAGCUCGAGGCCAAUUGCUCCUGUGAAUUAUGUUGCCAUAUCGAAAGAAGAUGCUGCAUCACAUAUUUCGGGCACCGAACCACUUCCAAGUACACCAUAGUAAACUGCCUCGAGAGAUCUGAUAUUUGUGGCAUUGUGUAUUUGUUGUUACUGGCUUUAGUUGCUGUAGUAUACAUCUUGGGACAAAAAGUGAUUUUGAUACUGUAGGGACUGAGAUAACUGUACCGUGUCAUACUCGUUGUAUCAAAUAGGGCUGUUCGAUUAAUGUUGCUCAA